AAACACCGUCCGCCCAGUCGCCGGCCGCCCGCCCAGCUGCGUGUGCGCAUACGUCUCCUUACUGGCAGAUAUAUCAACCGUAAGAGAAGUGAAUAUUGGCUAAUGGACGCGAGUUGAAAUUAGAGCAGAAUGUCUUUUAGGAAUUACUACGAUACAUCAUCUUAUGGCCGCAGUCGAGACACCAGUCGAAAUGUAUCAAGUACAUCGACAGACCGACCUACUAGUGUCACAGCGAAGUACAUCAACACAACGCCUUCAUAUAAAUCCUCUAGCAUCCCCAUACUCUGUUCCGAUAAAACCACCAAAGACGAGUCUCCCAUUUCAACAAUAGCAAGUCGAUAUGCCACCUAUAACAAAAAUGAAAAACCUAUCUCGAAAUAUGAAAAGAAGGACUACACAAAACUUACUAUACCAUCAACCAACUCAAAAAGCAGAGACGUUAGCCCUAUAUCGACAGCAUCGAAGUACAGUUACAAUCGAACUUCAAGGCACUUAAGCCCUGAAAGAAGAACGACGAAGAGCUUCAAGGAAAAAAGUCGAGAUUCCAGUCCUGUAGAUCGCGACAAAGACAUUCCAAGUAAGACUGAUAAGUCUACAGGCUACAGUAGCCUGUCGAGCUACAAAUUGUAUCCACGAAGUUCAAGUUAUACACGACCUGCUUCAAGAACAGAGACUAAACCAGAAGUUACAGUUAACAGAUACGCUAUAGCUAGUCGGCUUUCUACAAAUUAUCUGAGAAGCCCACCGACUAUAAAAAGAACUUCGGUGUCACCAGUAAAUCAUGCAGAUGUAUCUAAAAAUGAAAACGAGAAACCUAUAACACCAACAAUUGUAGUACAAGAAAAUAAUCAAUUCCAAAUGGAAUCAGUCCCAGAAAAUGUUGAAAAGGAAAAUAAAUUUGUCUGUAAUAAUGUAAACGAAAAUGAGACUGAGAAUGAAACUAUAACCGUAAUUACUCGACAUACAUCCCCUACUCCACCAGGCUCUUCUGCUUAUGUUCGAAUUCGUCGAGCCGAUAUGGCAAAAACAAUUGAAAAAACUUUAUCUCGAUCAAAGAAAAGGCCUACUAUGGUUGACAAAGAGGUUCAGUCUGACAGAUUAGAUGAUCCAACGCGAUCUAGUCGAUUUGGUAGUACUUCAAGAGCUAGCGCAACAAAUUGGUCUUACUAUACACCAGGUGUUAAUAGUUACACUGGAUAUGCUGGUAGAUAUUCAACACAGUAUUCUACAUUACGUGAAAAUUCAUCUAACAAUAAUAUUCAAAAUGAUAGAAGUAGUCGAAGUCGUAGCAAAGAACCACAACCUAGAGAAAGCUCAAGUUCAACAAAUUCAAAUUCAUGCACUGAAAAUAUAAUCAAAAAUAAACAGGUAGAGAACUCUAAUGUGAAUAAUGUAACAACAGAUGCAACAAAUCAUGAUAUAGUAGCAGUAUAUGAGCAAAAUAAAGACGAUGAGACAUCAGAAAUAAUAAUAAACGUCAAUUUGAAAUUAAAGAGAGCUAAAAGUCCGUUAGCCGCUGCCACCGAAUUAGUUUCACCUGAAUUAACAAUCACUAAUAGUUUAUUACCACCUCAGGCACCCAAAACUGAUGGAACCACGAAAACUAAAAAAAUUAAAGUAAGAAAAUCUAGCACAGAUUCAUCAUCUGAUUCAAACUCUAAAAAGAAAAUAGUGAAAAAGAGAAGCAAAUCUGUUAGUUCCACAGAUUCUGACCAAGGAAGUGAAAUCAGUGAAAAAACAAAAGCAACGUCGAUAAGUCCAUCAAAAAAUAUUCAAAAAAAUUCCUCAAGUAAUAAUUUAGUGAAUGGACGUCAAAAAUUGAAACAUUCCAAAUCCCGUGAAAGCAAUAGUCCAGAGUCUAGUGUCACUUUAUCAACUCAAUCGUCAGUAAGUGAAGAUGAUACUAUAUCAAAAUCCAAAACACAAGAUGUAUCUAGAACAUCAGCAGAUGAAAUAUCUAUACCAACUGAUCGAUCAGGGGUAAGACAGUCAUCACCUAAUACACCACAGAAAAAUGACGGAGGUGCUGAAGAAGCUAAAUCAUUUUUAAUUCGAGCCCUAGCACCCGUAACUAAUUUGUUUAAAAUGAGACAUCAAGAUACUAGCGAAAAUAGUCGUUGGCCCGAGAGUUCGUCAGAUUCUACAGGUAAAGAUAUUUCUAAUUUAUUGACUGAAAGUGACAGAUCUAGUAAAAGUAAAAAUAUUAUUGCAUCUAAUGACGACAAACUUGUUCAACUGAAAGCUAUAAGGCAUAUUGAAUCUGGAGAAAAAGCUUGGUGGCUUGACUCUGAUUCCGAUAAAAAAAGUAAAAUAAAUGGUAAUGAUAAUCAAAAUUCUAAUUCGGAUAAGAAUCAGUUUAAAAAAAUUAAACGAAUAGAAUCUGGUGAAAGAGCAUGGUGGCUUGAAUCUAAUAGUGAAAAUAAGAAUGAAAAUCUAACAGCGAACUCAAAUUCCGCUGAAAAAUCUGAUAGCAAUAAGCCGGGAAAAAAAUAUAAAUUCAUAGAUGAUGAAAAGCCAUGGUGGCUAGAUAGUAGUGCUAAUAUACCAGAGGGAAUGGAAAGAUUAAGUCCUCCAAGAAAGUCCUCGAGUGAUAGUGACAAAAGUGAAAAAUUCAAUUUUUACAAAGUAAGACAUAUCGAAUCUGGUGAAAAAGACUGGUGGCUCACAAGUAAUGAAAAUUCAACACAAAAUAAAACAGAAACUCAAAAUAGCUUAAGCAAAUCUGGCUCUGACCAAAAAAGUUUUCCAUUACGAAGGAUUCGACAUGUUGAAUCAGGUGAACGACCUUGGUGGUUAUCAAGCAAUAAAAACAUUCCUGAAGGUAUAGAGAAACUACCUACUCCUCCGCCGAAAGAAGACAGCGACAGUUCUGAAUCUGAAGAAGUAGAGGCAUACGUUGCUCAAAACCAUAUCCCUCCAUUCCCACUAAAUCUACCAGAUGAUGAACCAUUAGGCGAUAGAAGGAGCCCUGAAGGACUUGAAACACCUAGAGAGAACGAAGAAUAUAGAGGUCGUACUUCGCCUUACGAGAACAAUAGACAAUACAGAAGGAGAAAUCUGCCAUAUCAGAAAAGUAUGGAUAGAUAUAUCUCACGAUAUACUGAUAUCGACGAUAUUCUAGGUACUUCGGGGCAGAUCUAUAGCCCGUUCAUGGAUUCUAUAUUAGCGAGAAGGACCGGCCAGAUUCCGUAUGAUGACGAUGAAUGUGAAGAAAUAGACCCGACGCAAGUUAGAAUACACGACAGCACUCCACAGAGGCCAGUCAUCAAAAAACUGCGAUGCAGAAGCGAGAUUGUUGACUACCGCGGCGAGGAUCAGUUGGACGAUGCGACACUACAAGUAUUCAAAGAUGGUGACUACGGGCCAUAUCUGGACCUCGACUCCACCCUGGGUGAGCAGGACGAAGAGCUGGAAGGUUUACAGGACAACCGCAAAAAUGCACUCGUUCUGCGAACCCAGCUACCAGUUCGAGUGCAUGCUAUUAUUGAGAGACUACUCCGCACGCAAGGUCGUGAACUCAGAAGGGCGCUGUUCUCACUCAAACAAAUUUUGCAAUCGGAUAAGGACCUCGUACAUGACUUCGUGGCCAACAAAGGAUUGGACUGUCUCAUGCAAAUCGGCAAUAUGGAGGACCAAAAUUACAUUGACUACAUACUACGAGCCCUUGGUCAGAUUCUUCUAUACGUCGACGGAAUGCACGGCGUUAUGGCACACAAACACUGUGUACAAUGGCUUUACUCCCUGAUAUCCAGUAAAUUUCGCCACGUCGUCAAAACUGCACUGAAACUUCUAGUCGUAUUUGUCGAGUACACUGAGAACAACAGUCUGCUCCUCAUAGACGCAAUCAUUUCCGUGGACAGCGCAAACGGAAGACCGCCCUGGUACAACCUGAUGAAAAUCCUUCAAGACUUCGACGCUUCAGACACAGAGCUGCUUAUUUAUGCCACGACACUGAUUAACAUUUGUUUAAACAAUGUACCCGACAGGGACAUUUACUACGACCAGGUAGACGCACUGCAAGACCAGGGAAUCGACGAUAUCAUUCAAUUAUACAUGUCCAAACAAGGAACAGAUUUGGAUCUGUUGAGACAACUGCAGAUAUUCGAAGCCGUACUACUAUAUGAGGAUGGUGAUGAAAGUGGAACAGCUCUUAAGCAAUUAGACGAGUCAGUAGUGUCGUCUGUACGACGAAGGAGUAUUAACCUUAAUACAUCGGAAAGAAGGAAAUCCAAAAAACAACAAAUGAAAGAAAAAGCAAAUUCGCCGGUCAUCAAACACGCAGAACCAGAAAAUAAAAAUUCAAAUAAUCAUAGACCACAAUACUUACCCUCUAUAAUAGACAACAAAGACAAUAAAGAGCUUAGUACAGCUCUUAGAAGAAGAAGAGAUAGAUAUGCAAGACAAGCACAACAACAAGAACUAUUGAAUAAUUCUAAUGGACUAUAUAAUGGACUUUUUGGUAACACCAACGGCUUUACAAAUGGUAACGGAAAUUAUAAUACUAACGGUAAUUAUACAAAUGGAAAUUAUACAACUGCUAGCAAUAAUUACAAGAACUUGAACGGUAAUGUGAACGUAUCCAGUCACUAUAACCAGAACAACGGUGUGAAUGGCGUCAACGGUCAUCAAGAAGAAGAAGAUGCUUAUGUCAGUAGAACAGUGAAAAACUUAAAUUUAGCAGAUGUAUUAAAAAAUGGAAGCCAAAGAUACACAGCAGGUCUCAAGCAAAGGAUUCAAAAUGGAACUCUAGGUCAUAGUGUGAACGCUAUAGAUGCGUUAGCCGUAAUGCGACAGAAACAAUUAGAUAAUUCCCCUGAAGCCAAAGAUGACCGAGGAAUCCUCUUGAAUAGGGAACACAGUAUUAAAGAUCUAGCACAGAGGUUGACAAGUCCUGUUAGUCCUACAUCUGAAGACAAACCUUUAAGGGUAGCUGAAAUGACAGGAAUUGUAUCCAAAGCCAAAGAAGAAUUAGCUAAGUCACAAUCUAAAGAAGUGAUUAAAAGUCCCAGCAUAGAAAAGUCACCCAAAGUUCAUGAAAUCAAGGUAUCUGAGAAUGAUUUACAUUGGGAAGAACUCAGAAAAGGUUGCAUGAACCGAGCGUUCCACCUGUGUGAUCUAGACUUUUCAGAUUUACGACAUGACUCUGACGAUGAUAUGGGAUCUCCAGCUGUGAACACAUCAAAUGGUCCACCACCACCUCCCCCAAAUAUGUUCCUUCCACCGGUCGGUGUUCCCCCGCCGUUACCCUUUUCUAUGCUGAGCAAAAACAUCCCAGCUCCACCUCCUAAACCUACUCUUUCUAGUGAAUUAUCAAAUGAUUCUGACAGUUCUACAAUUAAAAAAAAUAAGAAAACCGUGAAACUUUUUUGGCGAGAAAUCCAAGAGAACCCAGCACCUGCACCUCUUAGAUCUAAGAUAGGUGGCUUCAUUUGGGACGAUCUUCCUGAAAUCAGUUUAGACACUGCAAUAUUGGAACAUCUGUUUGAAUCUAGAACAAAUGAUCUUAUUCUUAAGGAGAAACUCAUGGAGCCAAAGAGAAAUCUUAUAUUGGAUGCAAAAAGAUCAAAUGCCAUAAAUAUUGCCAUGAAGAAGCUUCCCACGCCGCAAACUAUUAAAGCCGCCAUAAUGAAAAUGGAUGCGACAGUCAUUGGUAGAGAAGGCAUUGAGAAGCUAUUGACAAUGCUACCCACCGAAGAAGAGAAAAUAAAAAUACAAGAAGCACAGUAUGCCAAUCCAGAUUUACCCUUGGGUAGCGCUGAGCAAUUCCUUCUAACGCUAGCUUCUAUCAAUGAAUUGUCGUCUAGACUAAAAUUAUGGGUUUUCAAAUUGGAUUUUGAUAAUUUAGAGAAAGAAAUAGCUGAACCAUUAAUGGAUUUGAAACAAGGAAUAGAAUUAUUAAAGGCAAAUAGGACUUUCAAAGUGAUAUUGUCGACAUUGAGGUCUGUCGGAUCCUUCUUAAAUGGCAGCCAAGUGAAGGGGUUCCGUUUGGAAUAUCUGUCAAAAGUAAUGGAAGUAAAGGACACGGUACACAAACAUCCACUGUUGUACCACAUCUGUGAAAUGAUCAUAGAAAAGUUUCAAGAAACAACAGACUUUUUCAGUGAGGUUGGAGCCGUAAUACGGGCUUCGAAGGUGGACUUCGACAUUCUACACACAAACCUCCAAAAAUUAGAGGCAGACUGCAAAGCUUCAUGGGAUCACAUGAAACGUAUCGCAAAACACGACGGCUCGCAAAUAUUCAAAACAAAGAUUAAUGAAUUCCUCACAGAUGCAGCAGAGAGAAUCAUUUUACUAAGUCUUAUUAAAAAAAGAGUCAUGAACAGGUACGGGAAGUUCCUUCUAUAUUUAGGAGUACCACCGGGCGAUAUUCCGAAGACAAAACCCUCGGAAUUUCUUAAAGUAAUAGCUGAGUUUGCACUUGAGUACCGCACGACAAGAGAAAGAGUACUACAACAAUUAGAAAAGAGGGCCAAUCAUCGAGAGAGAAAUAAGACUAGGGGCAAGAUGAUAAUUGAUGUUGGUAACUACUCCAACAAGAAUGGCGAUCACACGGCAGACAGUGCAUUGAAGGAAUUACUGAAGACUGAUCCUGAUACAGAUAGCCUUACGGAAAGCAGGCGGAAAGCAUCAAACAAUAAACGAAUGAUGGUCAAUGGCGACCUAUCAGCAGAUGACGAGAUCAUCGAGAGCUUGGUGCGUUCCGCUACUACGAAACGAAAACCUAUCACUCGACAGCGCCGACGAAAUCGACUGUCUGAUAAAAAAUUAUUUAACAGAACGCUCGAUGGGCAUCAAUCUUGGCCCGGACAAGAAUGUAACUCUGGAUCAACAGCCGACAUUCAACAAAGAUAGGCAAUUACGAGUAGAUAGUCAAAUAUUUGUGUAAUGCUGAAUCUCAAUUAUACAUAAGUUUUUCUCAAAGCCACUUAUUCUCAUGAUCUUAUUAAUCUGAACAUACUUAUCACAAAAAUUUUGCCAAGAGAUUUUGCACAAUUAAGAAAUUUUCCAUGAUCCAGUAACCUAUGAGUGUCAAGUACACGUACAAGAAAAAAUAGAUAAACUACAUAUACAUACAUACAUACAUAUACCUAUGGGUAUAGAUAGAAUAAUUGGAAUAAAUUUGAUUUGAAGUUGUUAAUACUCUUUAUAGGUAUACUUGCAUUUGUUAAAACAGACCUAACUAUAUCCAACACUAUCUUUUUCAAUCCUACAUAUUUAUAACAAUAAUCAAUUUUCUUCAUUAAUUUCUAACUAAAAAUAUAAAAAUAGGCUAUUUCAGAGAUCGUGUAUACCUGUAUUGAUUCGUUACAUUAAUAAGGAAAUUUGGCCAAUUUAAUAAAUAUAUUAAGCAUUUGUCAAGAUUAAGCAUUUGUAUUUUUUUUUUAUUUCCAAAGCUUUUUAUGUUUAAAUUUAACCAUAACCAGAGUGAGUAUAUGAAGUGAGAUGGAAGUGUCUGGAAAAAAUCCUUAACUAAAAAGGAAACUAUAACUGUGAAAAAUACCUACCAUGCUUUUUUAAUAUUUAGAAUUAAUAUAUUUUUCUCAAAAGAAAUUCGUUAUGUAAUUACUAAUUUACAAUUACCUGUCUAUUAGACAAAAUAUUCAAUAAAUUUACUAUACAAAAAAUAAUACAGAAUAUUUAAUAACUUUUUUGCAAACAUAUUUUUAAUAUACGAUACCUACCAAUCAUAAAUGAAUGAAUACAUAAGCUCCUACGUACCUAAAAUGUGCCUCUUUGUUUGUUCAUUUAUCUCAUAAAUAUAAAAAAAAAAUCCUGAUCAAAUACAGUGCCGUGUAUCUAGGUACAGUAUAAUAUUAUAUUAAAUAUUAUAGCUUAUAAUAGAGCUAUGUUUUGUAAACCCAAAAUUCUACAUUUGGUGUUUUAAAAUACAAACUCGAUACAAUCUGUCCAUACGAUUCCUCGUUUCAGACUUAACAAAACGACAAAUCAUUGGUUAAUAAUAUCAAUAGUAGAAGUCACGAUUUUCUUCAAAUUGUUUAAAGAAAGCCCAUUAAAGUCUACUGGUAACUACAUCACUCGUAAAUAGAAGUUUUAGAAAGUAAUCACUAUUAGUUAGGUCACAGGUAAUAUCGUCAUAGUCGUAGAAUACUGACGGAUCUUUAUAUGUAAUCUUUGUCAGAUCCGUCAGUAUUCUACGACUAUAACGAUAUAAUACUUUACGUUACGUAUAAGUACCUACAUUAUGUAAGGAAAAUUAAAGACUUGAAAUGUGACAUUUAUACUGUAUUAUUAAUGUGUUUCCUAAUUUGUUUGUGUAUUUAUGUAAAUAACUAUUGUAAAUAACUUCUAAUUUACUAGUUCUUUCGUUGCGUUUUCAUAUCGUAUCUCGUAUUUCAAUUUAUUGAUGAUAAUAUUAAAAUAAAAUGUAUCUUAAAUGGCUGUCCUUUAUGGUAGGUGCGUAUUUCUCAUUUUAUUAACGUACUUUUUUUUUUAAUGUUUUCAAUUUAUUUUAGCUGGCAUGUCUCAUUUUUUUUUUAUUUAUAACUAAUCGAAAUCUACCAUAGACAAUGGAAUGUGGAUGUUACAGGAUAUGUUAGAUAUUCCUUUUUAUUAUAUACUCCAUGAGUAUUUUACUCUAAUUAUUGAGUAAAUAAUGAUUGGAAAUAAAACAACUAUUAAAGCAUAAGAAUAAAUAUGGAAUACUUAUUAUUCUUAUAGUUAGGUAUGCAGUUAUACAACUCAAAUGCAAAUACUCUGAAUAUUAUAAAACAAAAAUUAAUUUAAUGUUUGUUCCUUUAACGUUUUGGUCGUUUUAUUAAAAUUUUAAACUAGGUACAUUAAUUUCACAAGUCAAUUCUCAUGUGCUCUAAACUGAAACUUGUUUCUGUGUCAAAUUAAAAAAUUCCUAAUUAAUAUUAAUUCUUUAAAAUAAUUGUAAUACCUGAUUAAUUAAUAAAUGGAAAUUUAAAUUA